AUGUAAAUUCUAGAACAUUGAAUUACAAAUCUACGGUCACACUACCGCUUGGGAGGAAUUUUUGAAGACGCUGGUUGUUUGAUUUUACGCUCAAACUUGUUUCGAUUUCUACUGCGUAAAUGCUGCCCCACAUACGAAUAUAUUACAGAUAUCGAUAGAGCCGAUGGCUCUGCAGCUAAAAGUUAAUGGAAAGUUCGGGGCCAACCUGAGGAGGACCAUAGGACCACUGGACGAUCCAGAGCAAGUACGCAAAGACCUCGAGAGUGAGCUUCGCAUAACCCGUUUGAAGCAGGUGCGUGAGAAGUCCAACCACCUGGCACGACAGAUACGCGAGGGAGUAGCUGCCGAAAAGCGGCGUCAAAUCGCCAAAUUGGAGCAGGUCAAGCAAAGGGAGCUGAAUGCGUGGCGUGAGCAUGCUUUGGCCAAAAAGCACCAGGACUACCGUUCGGCCGUUUUCCAAGUGGGCGCCGCCCAUCGCGCCGCAAAGGAGGAGAACGAACGCAUGGAGCAGCAGAGGCAAGAGAGAAUCGACAAAAUCCGAAGGUGUCGCCAGCAGGCCUUGAAAAGAUCGGCCAAAGCCAGCGUGGAGUUGCGGGCCACAAACACAAUGAAUUUGAAUGCGGAGGGACGUGCCUCGGCGGGCACACAAACGCCUAUAGUGGAGGACAAAGAAAACCGAAUGGAGAGCGGGUGCAACAAACCCUGUUGCAAGGGCAAGCGCAAAAGGACAACCAGCUGUGGCUGUACCAGCACUGAUGCAGAGGAUGGGAAGGAUGAUGACGCAUCCUCCGAUGACGACUCAUCCAUCCUGAUCAUCGAGAGUCCGACCAGCAACCGGCGUCUCCAGAAAACUACCCCCGUUAUCCUAGACGUGGAAAUCGAGGAAACCAUUUCUGAAACCCACAAGAAUCCCGAGGGUAUGGAUAUAAAUGAUAGGUUCAUACAAACCAACCGCAAAUUCAGCCAUGUGGUCCGACCCAGUGAAGAUGAACCCCAACGCCGGCCGAGAUUUACGCAGAUUAGCGAUUUGGUAAGAAAAACAGAGACCACCGUACGAGCUGGGCCAAGUCAGCAAAGGGAAACAGAUCCUACUCCAUCAGUAUCUGCCCCGCCUAGUCCCACCAAAUCCCUGCCAAGAUCGCCCAGGAAAUGUGUGGAGCGAGAGGAGCCCGUUCCUGCUCCAGCACCCAGAAAAUCACCCACUAAAACAGCUAAAGGAUCCCCCAAGAAAAUAGCUACGGCACCACGUAACCAGCCGACAGUCAAAAGACCGGGCUUAAAAUUAAAUCUAGCUCCUGCGAAGGUAAUAGAUGCGGGAAUACACAGAGGUCAGAAGGCCAAAGCUCCAGCUACGCUGCCCAAAGUAACAGCUAUACAGAAACCAGCUGGGGAACCUCCUCGAAACCUUCAACCGAUUCCAGAACAGGCUAUGCCAGCCAUGCCAAAUCCGUCGAUGACCAAUUGUUAUCCCAUGCCUCAGAAUCAACCAUACAUGCAUCCGUAUGCCCAACAUCCGAUGCAACCAUAUGCAAUGCCAUAUUCAAUGCCAUUUCCCAUGCAAGUCCAGUUUCCACAACCUCAUCCGAUGUAUGCACCGCAGCAAAUGAUGCCGAAUCAGCCAGCUGUACACGUUCCCGCUGUUACUGCUCCACCAAGCACUGCUGCGCAUUCCACUGUAUCCACCACCACAUUUACCAAGUCCUCGCGACAGGACCCAAAUACGACUCAAUCCGGACGUGUUCAGUUCUACGACCAUAGCAAUAAGUACCACAGAACGUACGAAGCACCAACACAGUCGGUGCAGUGCAAUGAGAAGGAUGUCAGCCAAUUAACCGCUAUGGAUCAUGCUCGCAUCGAGAACCAGCUAAGAGAUCUGCGGGAACAGGAACUGGACAAACUGAGGAAAAUUAGUGACGAUCGUGGUCAAAAGGCUCUUGAACGCGAGCAAGUGCGUCGGGAUUGUGCUGAAUUAACGGAAAAGCUGGAUGCUUUAACGCAACAGCAACCGCAGCUCUUGCCAACUGAUGCUAACAUUAUACCUAGCCAUCGGUUCGCGGAUGCGGCUGCCAGGCGAGAGCAAAAGAUGAACGAUGCAAUGGAAGAAAUGCUGCUUCGACCGGCCAUCAUCACCUGCCCGGAAGUGCGCACCAAACCUACUCCUCCAAACUCAUCGCGCAGCAAAUCCAAAGCUUCUGUGGCAGUUAAUUUGGGCGAACCUCCUGUUCAAAUGGGCCGGGAUAAUCUUGGCAGCACGGAAAGCUGCAGCGCCAUUCUUCUCGACUACGUUAAUGAUCAAAGCAAGCAGCUCAAGUCGGACCUGCAGGCAGAGCAGUCGAACUCACUGAAAUCGAUGAGGCUAAAGAGUUUGCUUGAGCGCAUUGAGAAAAUUCGAGUCCAGCUGUUGGAGGAACUGAAGGCGGGCGAGACAGGUGCAUCAAAGGGUGACAAUGCCCAGGAAUUGAACAAUAUACGUCAGGAGAGAGAUGAUAUUCUAUCCGAGCGAACGAGAACUUUAAACGAACGAGAAUCGGAUUUGCAACAGAAGGAGGCAAUUCUCGAGCAGCGUCUCAGAAAGUUCUACAAGGAGACAAAAAGUGCAAAAUCCAGUGAGAGUGAUAAGCCGAAAUCAACCUCAAAAGACGAUGGGCCAGUUGAGAUCAUUAUUAAGGUGAGGAGCGACGGUACUGUAAAGCAAUAUGUACCGAGAACUAAAUCGAAAGCCAAAUCCAAGCCGUCGGCUAUGGAUAAUGAAAAUGAUGUGCCCCUGGGCUCAACUGAGAGCACACCAAGAGACGAUGCGCCACAGCCGACGGAACAAGAUCACGGAAAGCGGCCAUUCUCACAGGAUCAGCGUCAGAUAUCCAUUGAUUCCAACUCCACCGCCUAUCGCAGUCUGCCGCCAGUCAGUUAUAAAAAUAUGGGCCCAGGAACUUCUUCUGUUCCUUCGGCUCCCGCUUCUGCUCCAUUACAUCCCAUGGUGAUUCAAUAUAUAAAUCGUCUGCUAGGAAUGACGCGCCAAAGUAUAGAUGAAAUGGGUGUGAGUUCCUCAUAUGUGACCACACCCUCAACGUCGGUGAUCAACUCAUUGAGAAACGUAACGCCUUGUCCCGAGCCUGAAUCGGGAAGAACUGAAAGGGAUCAGGAUGAACAUACGGAGAUGAACGAGCAUCGCAUGGAGCGGAUACAAACCUUUAUCGAUGACAAUCGCAGCUUAAUCAAUGACUUGGAAGAUUCAAUACGUUGCCAGCAGCAGCUGCAAAGGGAGCAACAGUCGCAGGAUACAGAGAAAAGUAUGCGCGCCUUCGAUCAAAUAUGGAACAAGCGUUUAGCCAGGAAUCCUGAAGAUUGUCAGCAAACCAACAAAGAUAAAGAGCGCACAAGGCCGACUCCACAAGGAGAUAGGAAAAAUGCUGCAACUCCAAAAGAAAGCGGCAAAAGGGAGCGGCAGCAGCAAUCAAACGGUGCAGUGCAGCAAAAGAAUGGCGGGGGGGUAUCCUCAAGCUUGCCUGCCGAUAAAAGCGCAAACCGCUCUGCACCCGAAAAAUCGAAAUCCCAAUCUACCAGUGAGGCGUCAUCUGCCCGAAACAUGGAGCGUUAUGCACAGCUCACGGAGAACUGCACCCAGCGGAUUGCCGAACUGACGGAGCUAAUCACGAAAGUGCGCGAGGAGAAGCAGCGACUUGUGGAGGUCACCCUCACAUCGAACAGCGAUGGCGAGCGGCAGUCUACUGAGUAUCUUGAGCUUCCAACUGGACAACAGCAAACCAGAUGCCGGACAAUGUCCGAUCGCAGCGAUUCUCAAACGCCUUCGACCUCGGAAGCCUUGGCGCUGCAGAGGCACAAGCCGACAGCAGCCAGCAGGGAUAGUGGCAUUGCGGACUCGCGUCCAAUUACGGCCCAGGGCCAGGUUUGUAUCGAUGCGGAACCCAUCUCCCUCGGCUCCUCAACGCAGAACAAUACAGCGCGCGGCCGAGUAAGGGCACCUCCGGCCACGAUUCGUCGGUAUAGUCCUCAACUAAACGCCGAGGAUCUGGCGCACGAGCUGUCGACCAUUACUGAAGUGGAAACGCCGGGACAAUCACAUAUUGUGGCCGCCACACCGGUGCCCAAACCAUUCCCUAGUUUCGAUCAGUAUGCCAAGGAACUGCAGUUGGAUCUGUCGCGGUUGGAUGCUGAUCAGAGCCAACGGCUGCAGUUCGAAUUCAAUGAGUUAAUACACGCGAUCAGGCAGCACAAUCAAGGAACUGACUACCGUGAGUUCCCUAGCAUUAAUGCCUAUCUUCAUAACAUGACUAGCACCCGAAUUCAUGUGGAGAUAGGUCAGGAUGCAGAUCAGGCCACUCUGUCCCCGGGUGAACUGAUGCGACAGCUGCGUGUGGUCACUCAUACGAUCCAAGACUUUCCCAAGCGCAGGGAAUACUUUGAAAAAAUGUUGGCCAAUCAACCAGCCGAUCAGAGGGAUCUAAUAGACAGUGCUAGUUUAGGGAAUGAUUCCUCGGAUUCAUUUAACGUUGAGGAAGAACUCCGCCAGCGGAAAAUUCUGAAGAACUCAUUUCGUCGAGGCAACGCAACUGACAUCACAUUGACGGGUCAGGAGGUGGCUAGCAGUACGCGGCGGGAAAGCGUCGCCCCGGUGACCAACGAUCAGCCCAACGAGAGUGGCAUAGAUCCCCUCUCCGGCAGCAACUUUUCCAGCGACGCGGAUCGGAGAAGUCAGUGCUGGCAUGCCACAAUGCAUCAGAGGCAACAGCAGGUGGAUGAGUUGUGCAGCAGUACCACAGCCUCGUCGCCAGAACGGCGGCCACGAAGGUCUCGGCUACGUGGAGGCCAAGAGUGCAACAACAGGUCUAAGGACGAUUCCACAGUGCAGGAUGCAAGCCAGAUAGGAAGAUCCCUUAAUCUGAGGGAAUUCCUUACGAGAGAGCUCCUCAAACAUCGAGUGCACGACGACGUUAUCAGUGAUAGUUCAGAUGACUCCUUAAGGGGACACUUUCUGAAGUCGGUCCUGCAUUCGCUCUCGCCCAGCAACAACACGCAAACACCAGGAGUGGGUGUAAGCCAUGCCACCGGAGCAACCAACGACCGACAAAAGACAUCCACACCAGUGGGAUCGUUCCUCUCCAUUCCAGAGAAGGCCGGGUCCAUGAGCAGCACUGGCUCCCAACUGUUCUCAGGGGAGAGUCGCAUCUCCCUGGUAAACUAUCCAGAUGGAACUCCACCCAUUCCUUUUGAACAACAAAGCAAACUUAGUACAAAUCAAACUCGCCAAUCCUCAGGUCAAAUAGGAUCAGGUGUCAGGACAUCGCAUCGAAAGUCGCCUCGAAAAUGAUCGCCGAACUUUUAAUCAAUUUGUUUAGGUUUUAAAUUAUAUUAUCAAUUUUAUGACAAUUAUUUAUAUUUUACUAACUUUGUAAUUGUGUGUCCAAAAGUGACUAUCGAAAAAGAUUGUAUACAAUUUGCUCAAUAUGUUAAAUGUACAAUUUUAUAACCAAUUUGUGUGAAACUUAUUUAUAUUUUAAUAAACUCGACGAAUAUUUAUUAAA